CUUAUGAGAAACCACGAAAACCAAACUUAAUAAAAAAAAAUUCCCCAAAGAACCACGCUCCCGCAUUCUCUACACUCAUUCCGUCGCCGUAGGCAGCAGCAGCGGCGCACGCAGGGGAGAGCGAGAGGAUUGAGGGGACGAGGAGAAGACCAUCGGAGGCGAUGGGGCUGGGCGUGCGGGCGGCGCCGUUCACGUACGUGGCGCACGCGCUGGCCGUGGCGGCGGCGGCCAUGGUGUUGGUCUGGUGCAUCCACUUCCGGGGCGGGCUCGCCUUCGAGGCCACCAACAAGAAUCUCAUCUUCAACCUUCACCCUGUUCUUAUGCUGAUUGGCUAUAUUAUUCUCGGCAGUGAAGCUAUAAUGAUAUACAAAGUACUUCCUACGUGGAACCAUGACACAACUAAGCUUAUCCAUCUGAUUCUCCACGCAAUUGCGCUUGUGCUUGGUGCAUUUGGAAUAUACUGCGCUUUCAAAAAUCACAAUGAAACCGGAGUUGCCAAUCUUUACAGCCUGCACUCUUGGCUUGGUAUCGGAACAAUUUGUUUAUAUGGUAUCCAGUGGAUAUUCGGAUUCGUUGCAUUUUUCUUCCCUGGUGCUGCACCAAAUGUGAGGAAGGGCGUUCUUCCUUGGCACAUACUUUUUGGGCUCUUCGUCUACAUUUUAGCGCUGGCUACUGCAGAACUCGGGUUUCUGGAGAAGCUCACUUUCCUCCAGAGCUCAGGCCUUGACAAAUAUGGCGCAGAGGCAUUUUUGGUGAACUUCACUGCAUUGGUAGUCGUGCUAUUUGGUGCUUCUGUCGUGGUAGCUGCUGUAGCUCCAGCUCGCCUGGAAGAACCACAGGGUUAUGCUCCAAUCCCAGAAAACUAGUGCAUAUCAAAUGUACAGCAUAUACAGUUGCCGGAAUUCUCUGUUACCAUGGUGAAAUAAUAUAUCCAUGCCUCUUCUUUAAAAGAAAGAAGAUACUGGAAUCAUCACAAUAAGAAUAUAGUGCAUCUUCAUUGUGUGUGUAUAUACAUUGUGUGCUACUUCAAAUUUGUAUAUAUGAAGCUACCAUGAAACACUGAACAUCCUGCUUGCUUGAUUAAUGAAAUGCUUGUAAUGCUA